GCACCAUCCUGAGCCUCUGGUUUUGGAACGCUUCAAAUUUGUAGUUUCUCAGAAUCUCAACUCUCCUGUUUGAAAUGAGAUCUGUACUCUCUCUUUGCCUUCAUUCCAGUGCCCAACAACGAUGUGAGUAGGCUGCAUUUUACCCUGACCUGUAUAGUUUAAAUGUCAGCAGCUGUGCUUGGAGCAGUAAUCAAUUCCACACAAUCUCAGGAAAUUGUAUCACAAACUCCAGUGUGCAAAUCUGACAAAAAGAACCUGGACCUCUUGCAGCCCCAUCUAGUUUUAGUGUGUGUGAUGUUCGGCACUACCAGUGCUGAUUUCUGUGUACGUGGCUGAAUAAAAGAAGGCAAGGGAGGAGUCAGGCAUUGGGUUACUGAGCACACACAGCACUUGGAUGUUGCACAAGACCAAGUCAGCCUCUGCUCUGCAGGACUCAGCCUGGGCACAGCUCAGGGGACAGCUUACACCAGAAACCAAAGGGCACCACACAGAUCCAGAGGACGUGCACAUCUCGGUGUGGCAUACAGAAAUAGCCAUUCAUCGUGAACUCAGCAGUCUGCCAUAGCACUAGAGAGGGAAAUGUGAGCCUCAGGAAAGAAAAUCCAGAUAUUUUGAGGCUGUUUGGUUUUAAGAACGGUCAGAGUUUCUGAUUUUGCUUUCCUGUAGUCACUUGAGUGCUGGCUUCACCAUCGUGUUGGGAGGCUACUGUUCAGCCCACUCCUGCGUAGUGUGAGGCAUAAUUUUAUGCAAAAUACUUAAAUUUCAUAAAAAUUGAGAGACUUGAAGCCUGGAAAAAGCGUAGCUCCUUCUUUUUCCUUAGCAUAACUUGGGAUUUCCAAAUUCUAAAGCAGCAGCAAAAGUACACUUUGCACAAUUACUCUGGAUUAUGUGCUAGACACCUUUUUACAAAUGAAUGUAUGGGAACUGUUGAGUCCCAGCCUGAAGCACUGAUUGAGCACCUGGGUGCACAGCUGAAGCAAUUCAGCAGUGUGAUAGGAAGGGGUGGAGCCUGGCUGCGCCUCUCUUAGACCCCAUUUAAGGGCCAACUGCUACUGGGGAAGGAUCUCUGGAUGGAGAUCCCUUCUUUCUGGAGUCUUUCUUGUGAGCUUAGAUCUUCAGGGACAGGCCUACCCGUGACAGUGAGGAUGAAGAAGAUGAUGAGAAAAAAGGAAGAGGUUGCACUCUUCAGUAUCAGCAUGCCAUGGUGCGAGUCCUCACACAGUUUGUAGCCGAAUCCUCUGAGUUUGGAGGCUACCUGACCUAUAUGCUAGGCUCUGAGUGGCAGUUUGACAUCACUGACCUUGUGACUGAUUUCAUGAAGGUGGAAGAUCCCAGGAUUGCUAAGCUUCAAGAUGGCCGAGUUCUGGUGGGUCGGGAGCAUGGCAUCACCACAGUCCAGGUUCUCUCACCUCUUUCUGAUUCCAUCUUGGCAGAGAAGACAGUGGUAGUUCUAGAUGACCGUGUAACUAUUACAGAUCUAGGAGUACAACUAGUUUCAGGCUUGUCCCUCUCCUUACAAACCAGCAAAGGAAAUAAGAGAGCUAUUGUAUCCACCACCUCUGCGUAUGAUAUCCUUCAUACACCAAAACAGGAAGCCAUAGUCAGUGCUUGGAUUUUGUUCAGUGAUGGGUCAGUGACACCGUUAGAUAUUUAUGACUCCAAGGAUUUCUCAAUCACCAUCACUUCACUGGAUGAGAUGGUAGUAUCUGUACACCAGAAUCUACAGUCUAAAUGGCCUGGGGUAGUGGCAGAAGGGGAUGGUCAAGGACCUCUAAUUAAAAUUGAAAUGGUCAUCAGUGAACCAUGUCAGAAGACAAAGCGAAAGAGCAUUCUGGCUGUUGGAAAGGGAAACGUCAAAGUGAAGUUUGGUCAAAAAGAUUCUGACCAAAAAGAGAGCACCAAUGACAUUGAUGAUACAGAUAAAGAUUUUAAAAGCCAUGCAAGCAAUUCCAUAGAAAAAACUGCAGAACAAGAGAGGACAGCACAAGAAUGGUCCAAAAAUGGAGUCCUUAGUAAUCAUGAGGACAAUGCAAACAAAAGCACAACUUUCAUAUCUCCCAUUGAUCAGGAGUCCCUGGAGGAUGACCAGCUCCAAAAUAACCCAACUGCCUUCACAGGUUUUCCUGCCCAAGUAGAAAUACCAGGAGAGAACAAUCCCAGUGAUCUCACAUUGACUUCAAGAGGAUUAACAGAUUUAGAGAUCGGCAUGUAUGCCCUGCUGUGUGUUUUCUGCUUAGCAAUCUUGGUCUUUUUGAUUAACUGUGUGGCAUUUGCUUGGAAAUACAGGCAUAAAAGGUUUGCUGUGAGUGAGCAAGGCAACAUCCCCCAUUCCCAUGAUUGGGUCUGGCUUGGAAAUGAGGUUGAACUGCUGGAGAACCCAGUUGACAUUUCACUCCCAUCGGAGGAGUGCACUACCAUGAUUGACAGAGGAAUGCAGUUUGAAGAAAGCAACUUCCUCCUUAAUGGGAGUUCUCAGAAGACUCUUCAUAAUCAUAUCCUCAGAUCUUCUGAGUACCUUUGUGAAAAAGAAGUUAAAAGUGAACCUAUAAAUCCUUCUGGGCCAAAGCAGAAGCGAGUGAAGUUCACUUCCUAUACAACAAUACUGCCGGAGGAUGGAGGCCCCUACACCAACUCAAUUCUAUUUGACAGUGAUGAUAAUAUUAAAUGGGUAUGCCAAGAUAUGAAUCUUGGUGAUUCCAAGGAACUUAGGGACUAUAUGGAAAGACUGCAAGACAAUAUGUAAAACUACUUUCUUAUGUUUGUAAUCACCUUUAUGCCUUCUGUUUAUGGAUGGUGGAGCAGUCAGUCCAGUCAGCAAUAGGAACAAGACAGUUCAACCUUGGAGUUACUGAGAUGAUAAUCUGGCAUCACUGAGCAGGUACAAGAGGCUGGCUGAGUUAAACCUGUUUCACCACAAACCAGGAUGUGCCCCUAAAGCAGCUACCUGUAGGUGUUGAAGGUGUCACACAUGAUGGCUGUUUUUGUAUACUGCCUGGUACUAGCAAAAUGCUAAUACAACUACGCUCAGACUCAGAGGAGACUUCAUUUGUUUGUCAUCUCUCAUGAUAAAUGGUAAACCAGAAAAGAAAGGGAUCUUUGUUUGCAUUGAUUUUUCUAGUCGUCAUUCUUUGUAAAGCACAGUGGACAUUUCUUGCUUACAGCCUGAAACAAGGCUUAUAUUAAAAGGGAUAUGAAUGAAUCUAA